CGCAGUGAUGCCUGAUGUGCUGCGACGCGGCCACAAUAUUGGAGGAAUGCGCUUGUGUCGCUCGCAGGGGGUGGAGUUAAAAAGUGAACGAGUGCUGCCUACCAAACAGAGAGAGGAGGAGAGAGAAGAGAGACGGGUGUGCAGGCUGCUCACCGUAAACGAUGGUUGUCGGAAAGAGUCUUGAAAGCCUGAUGAAACUGGCUGCUUGAACUGUUUGCAGCAGAGUCCAGAGCUCAGUGAGAUCUCGGAUCCUUGGAAGGACAGGGAAGCAGCUGCAGCAGCACGCAGAUAAGAAGAAGAACACUUUCAAAGAAGAGGACUUGCUUAAUAUUUAUUAUUUACAUUUUUUUAAAAAAAUAAUUGAUUCUUCUUCAGUUAUUCCCCCUUUUUUUCUUUCUGCGCAUCGGACUGUUGUUUGCCAGAGGAACACCGAAGCUCCUGCUUGGACCCUUACUGGCCUGCCACACUCCAGUGGCGGUCCCAGAAGCAGCAGUUCCCGGUGAGAAGGGAGCAAGGAGGACCCGCUCAAACGGACCAUAAACCCUUUUAUUUGAAGCCCCGGAUUCUGUUGGGGAGGGAGGGAGGAGGAGGUUCGCAGUGUCUGCUUUAAGCUUGAUGGGGGUUGCUCCAUCACCUCACAUCACUAUACUUUUGCAACAGCUAUUAACUAACAUCAGGUAUAGUCUUUAAACCCAUUGUAUGCAUGUAUGCAUGAAGCUUUUUGUUCUCCUCCUCUGUUAGGCAUUUGCUGGGAUGUUUGAGUCGCGUUGUUUGGUGGGGUGAAGGGGACCAAGAGAGUGGCCGGAGAGAUCGAAGGGACCGAGGCUGGGAGAGGAGCUGAGAGCAUGGCUCUGGCAGCGCUGUCUCUCUGGGUGCUAACGAGUCUCACCUGGGUGAGCGUGCUCCAGGUGUCAGCCAACAGGCAUUCAGUUUACUGGAACAGCUCCAACAUACAUCUGCGUAGGGAAGGAUAUACAAUGCAGGUGAACGUCAACGACUACCUGGACAUCUACUGCCCUCAUUACAACGACAGCCAGCGCAUGGUGGGCACCGGAGAGCAGUAUGUCCUCUAUAUGGUCAGUUACCGUGGUUACAGAAACUGUGACCCCCACCUGGGCUUCAAGAGGUGGGAAUGCAACCGGCCUCACGCCCCGCACGCACCCAUCAAGUUCUCGGAAAAGUUCCAGCGCUACAGCGCCUUCUCUCUGGGCUACGAGUUCCACGUCGGCCAGGAGUAUUACUACAUCUCCACACCCACUCAUCACCAUGGACGCAGCUGUCUUAGGCUACGAGUGUACGUCUGCUGCUCCACCGGCGCUUCUGGUGUGGAUGAUGAACCAGAGCCGACAGAACCAGAUUACACACUUAGACCAGACCUAAAAAUCGAUGAUAUUGAUGAAUUUAACCCUUUCGUUCCCAAGCUGGAGAAAAGUGUCAGCGGAAGCAGCCCAUCCAGGGAUCGCCUUCUCCUCACCGUGACGAUGCUCUUCCUGGCCGCUCUCUUCAUCUCCUAGCAACGGCCAUCCCAUCAGCGUCACCAUGCCAACUAGCCUUGGGAAGGUGUACGCUGCCAGUGGGCGGAAGAGUGGGGAAGUGGGUCAGGAGGAUAGAAGCAGUAGAUAGAGCAGUAGAGAAGAGGAGCAAAAUUUUGAAAUUUGCAUUUUGAAGUAUCACCGUGUGAAUGUGUGUUUGUACAUCUGUGUGAUUGAGGGAGUGUUAAAAGACCUUUAGCUUGCGGUGACACAGACUGAACUGUGUGCCACAUUGGAGUCAGCCUGUGCAGGUGCUGUAGCCUGGGUAUGACUGUGUUUUUUUGUGCGCCUGCUUGUGUGUGUGUCUGGUGUGUGUCUGAGCAGGCCAAGGGUUGAGCUUGUUGAAUCACGCUCACCACCCAAAGCAUUUAUACAACAACAGAAGUGGCGCUGAAAUAAUAAAAAGAGGAAGUUCAACCUCCCAACUGAAACCAUUUGAAGACUUUCCCUUGGAUUUGAUUGGUCGUAAGACUUCUUUAGGGCUUGUUGCCAUAGUUUCUUGCACCAAGACUUAAACUGAACUCAAAUGAACUGAAUCAAAUAGAUUUCAGCUGAAUUGAACUGAUAUUGCCUUUUUGUUGAUCUUGAUGCUGGGAACUUGUCUCAGUCCACGGAGGAAAAAAAUAAAUAAAAAAAAAGAACCCAGCAAAUGAGCUUACGCUGGGUCUGAGUAGGAGACUAGUCAAAGUAGCUGAUAGUUCAUACACAAAAACACCCCAGGACUCAAGACACCAGUGUUUUAGUUGCCAUCUUCACUUUGCAGCGUCAUCCUAUGUUUACCAUCAGUCUGCAGAAAGCAACAGGCCUGGAUGGGGUCAGGGGGAGAAAUAUAGAGCAUUUAAAUGGUGACUGAUUCACUAAAAUGUCUUUUUGUGAAAGAAAAAAAACAACAAAAAAACAAAAAUGCAGUGGAGUAGGAGUUUAUAUGUGCCAUUGACAGAAACUGCAAAGGUUUGUUAAUGUUAUGAGUUGCUGCAUCACUUGUCUGUCUUGUCCAUUUAAGUACUCGGUCGGUCGCCUGUCAUCUCCGAGGGUUAACAAAGCACAUGCCGGCUACAGAGCAGCCAUGGAUACACUCAGCAAUACUACCCUCCUCACAGCAGACUGUUCAGAUGAGAGGAGAAGGAGCAUGGAGGAGGGAUGCAUAAGAGGGGACAGUCACUGACACAAUCAUCUAUGAAUAGGUCCAAUAACAAGUUCCCCACCAGUCUGUGUUGGUUUAGCAGCGUGCUCUACCAGCCCCAUUCUCUGUAAACCCAUAUGUCAGAUGCCACUUGUAAAAGUUUUUUGUUACUGUUUGAGUGUUUGUGUGUGCCUGAGUGUUAAAUGAUGUCCGAGUGUGUCGCUUCUGUGUGAUCCAGAGUGAGAGGAAACAUGCUAAAUAGUACUAACAGUCUGAAAAUACAUCCACAUACUGUACGUCUCAUAAGUAUGAAAAUGCAAAAUUAAAAAAAAUUAAAAAAGG